AUGGUGUGCAAGGCGGCAAUGGGGAUCAAGGCGCCGGGGAAGCUCAGGUGCCCGUCUUCGGUGGCCGCCGCGGCGCGGUCCAGCUUGAAGCUGUGGAUGCUGCGGGCCACCACGACGGUGUUGCUCUGGACCUGCGUCGUGCAGUUCACGGCGGUAGGGAACUCCUGGACCUGGGGACCUCGCGUGCUCAAGGGAUGGCCGUCGUGCCGGACGGCGCGGGAGGCGGCCGCUGUCACCACCACGCGGCUUGCGAUGCCGGAGCCCGUCGUGGAGAAGGCUCCGCUGCCACCGAAGAGAAUUUAUCGAAACAAUGGUUAUUUGAUGGUUUCAUGCAAUGGUGGGCUUAAUCAAAUGCGAGCUGCUAUAUGUGAUAUGGUUGUCAUUGCAAGAUCUUUGAAUGUGACUUUAAUAGUUCCUGAGUUGGAUAAAACAUCGUUUUGGAAUGAUCCAAGUGAAUUUCAGGAUAUAUUUGAUGUUGAACAUUUUAUAACCUCUCUUAGAGAUGAGGUUCGCGUACUUAGAGAAUUGCCACCGAGGAUAAAGCUAAGAGUGGGGCUAGGAAAGUUUCACUCAAUGCCUCCUAUUAGUUGGUCAGAUAUCUCAUAUUACCAUAAGCAGAUUCUACCUCUGAUUCGGAAAUACAAGGUACUCCAUCUUAAUAAAACUGAUGCUAGGCUUGCUAAUAAUGGUCUGCCUCUGGAGAUCCAGAGACUGCGUUGCCGGGUGAAUUAUUCUGCACUGAAAUUUACAUCCCAAAUUGAAGAGUUAGGGAGGAGAGUAAUUAGAAUGCUUUGCCAAAAUGGCCCCUUCUUAGUUCUUCAUUUACGAUAUGAGAUGGAUAUGCUUGCCUUCUCUGGCUGUACUCAAGGUUGCACUCCUAAAGAAACCGAGGAGCUUACUAGGAUGAGGUAUGCUUACCCAUGGUGGAAAGAGAAAGUAAUAAACUCUUUUGUGAAAAGAAAAGAUGGCCUUUGCCCUUUGACGCCAGAGGAGGUUGCUCUUGUUCUUAAAGCAUUGGAUAUUGACAAAAGUAUGCAAAUCUAUAUUGCAGCUGGGGAAAUAUAUGGUGGAAAACGCAGAAUGGCUUCUCUUACCUCGGCUUACCCUAACGUGGUGAGAAAGGAGACACUUCUGGAACCUUCUGAUCUCAUGUUCUUUCAGAACCAUUCAUCGCAAAUGGCUGCACUGGAUUACUUGGUAUCACUGGAAAGUGAUAUAUUUGUUCCCACAUAUGAUGGCAACAUGGCUAAAGUUGUUGAAGGACACCGGAGGUACAUGGGCUUCAAGAAAACAAUCCUGUUGGAUAGAAAACUUAUAGUUGAGCUGGUAGAUCAGUAUACCAGUGGAUCUUUGCGGUGGGAUGAGUUUGCUUCAUUGAUCAAGGCUGUCCAUUCCAACCGUAUGGGAUCAGCAACCACCAGGGCAGCGAUCCCUGACAGGCCCAAGGAAGAGGACUACUUCUAUGCCAACCCUCAAGAAUGCUUGCAAGAUCCCAAUAUGUUGCAAACAUUGUGA